UGGAUGCGACAUGUCAAACCGUUGAUCACUGUAGUUCUAGUUCACUUUACUUGUUAUUAAUAACCUAAAACAUUUAAUUUGUUUACAGUAACUCGAAAUAUUCACUGCGUUAACUCAAUUUAAUCAGUUUCUAUGUGAAUUGACUUGAAGUGUAAAAGGCAAAAGGUGUUUCUUUUCUUCGUGUAGGUGCCGUAUAUUAGGCUCAAUGCGUAAGGUUUAUUAAAUAGUAAUAAUCAUACUAAUUAUUUAGAAGCGAUAGAAAUGGAAACAACGAAAGGAGAUGCAUCGGAUGAAGACGUUCCUAGUGAUUUCUUCGACGACUUCAACAAGGACGAGUUCAUGGAGGGUCUACAAGUGAUCGACAGUUGGGACGACAAGGAGAAGAAACGCCGGAUGUCGCGCAUCGACACGGAGGCGUUGGACAGCGUGAAGGACCUUCGCGAGCUGAUCGACGACCGCCACAGCAAGGAGCGCGACCGACACGGCAACGAGCGGCAGCGCCGGAGAGAGGACCUCGACGAGUACAUCAAACCCGGCAGCCGCCGCGACCCCAACAAGACCAAGGAAGCCAUCAAGCGCGACAAGGAAGUGAAGGUCAAGGAGUAUCUCGCCAAGAGUUUGGACUCCACGGACGAGCUGAAGCCGCCCGGUACGGAGCUGGACGACUUCUUCGAAGAAAACAAGACACCGAAACCGCCACCGGAGGAGCCCGCGCAGAAAAAGAAGCGUUCGAGAUCGAAAGAGCGUCACCAGUCACCUGUCAGACACCAACGGAAGAGUCCCCGCCGGAGUCCAGCGCGUCGCAGCCCUGCACGCCGCAGUCCCGGACGUCGCAGCCCCAUUCGCCGGAGUCCCCGACGGAGUCCGAGAUGGUCGCCGAGUCGACGUGGCGCGUCACCUUUCCGCGGGAAAUAUCAGUUCUUCAAGCCGCGCUGGAACCCCGGGAUGAACCGGCAUUUCAGCCCGCGCCGCAGCCCCCGCCGCAGCCCACGCCGCAGCCCGCGCCGCAGCCCGCGACGCCGCUACUCGCGCUCCCCGCCGCCGCGCCGCUACUCGCGCCGCUCGCGCUCCGCCUCCAGAGAACGAGACCGAGACAACUUCCUCUACCCUAGAGAACCUACACAUGAUUACCCACAUUUUGACAUUCCUACCUCACAAUUUGCUCAUGUACAUCCUGGGGCGAAUCCGGGAUACCCGUAUCCCCAGAUGCCCCAGGAAUACCCUCCGGGGUAUGCGGGUCCCCCGUUUAACUUUCUGACUCCCGAGCAGCCCCUGGCUCCGGGCAUUGAAGUAACUUUCCCCAAUUCUGCAUCGGCGCCUCAACCUGUACCUGCACCUCAAAUGAUGAACCCUGCUCCUCCGAUGAUGAACCCAGUGCCGCCGAUGAUGAACCCCGUGCCGCCGAUGAUGAAUCCCAUGCCGCCGAUGAUGAAUCCCGUUCCGGCCCCGACCAUGGUCCCGGCGCCUACACAAGUACCUCUACCUGAAAACCCUCCGCUUUCCGCUCCUAUUAAAGAUGUCACCAAACCGUUUGAUGCUCUGGCUCAAUUAGUGGCAGAAGGCAAAAUUAGUCAAGAGGACUACUUAAAGCUGGCACCAACAAAGGUCACCAGUAUGGACACGAACAAAAGAGUAAUGGUGAUGAAUCGGUGUAACACGUCAUUGGGCAAGCUGGGACAGUUGUUGCUGCCGAACCGUCUGAUGAUGAACACCAGCAUGGUGGGCCCGGAGCCGAAGAGCCUCGCCCCGAAGUACUGUUCUCCGCUGAAGCGUCAGGGCGCCGUCGACUUCCACUUCACGAAGAUGAGCGGGCGAGCGACGGCGCAGCAGAACAAGCAGCUGGUGAACAGCAUCAUCAACACGCUCGGGCUGGAGAAGGUGGUGGGGAAGCAGAAGAUAAAGGUGCCUAAAGACAUGAAGGACGCGGCGUGCCAGACGAGCAAGCCGUACUGCGACGUGUGCGAGGUGCGGGCGGCGACGCGGCUCUGCAACGCCGGCACCAGUGUGGACGUGGAUCACUUCUGCUCGACGGUACACACACAAGUGGUGGAGCAGGACCUCAUUAGCUCUAAGGCGGUGUUCGCCCCGAGCGGCAGCAUAGCGGACGGGGCGCCCAUCUCUAUUGCUCACAUGACUCCCGCGCAACUUGUCUCGCAGCUCGCCGCUCGGGCGAAGACCUUGAAACAGUCUGACCCUGUCCCGUCUAACCACAACCAAUAUACCAGGCGACCGAACUAUGAUCAACAGUACGAUCAGCAGUAUCAGAAUAACUACAAUAAUUAUCGGUAUUAAUAAUUUGGCUGUUUUUGAUUUGCCUCCUAAGUGGUAAGUGGCAAGUCCUAUGUCGGACUGAUUUUCUUGGUCUUCAUUAAAAUCAGUAAUUUUCACACUUGAUUCCAAUGGACAGAAAGUCCUAUUAGCUGUCACAAAAUUGUUUGCAUUAUUUGUAUAAUUGAGAAUACUUAAUUUGAUUGAUGCGCAUUAUUAUCUUCUAUCAAGUGUGCAAAAAUAAUGAGUAAGGACCUAAGUUUAAUUUCGAUUUUAAAUAUGUAUAUGUCUCUGUUGAAUGAGUUACCUAUUUGGUAUAUUCUCGUUUGUUACCGACAGGGAUAAAUGGGAAUAUGCAUUUAUUUUUAAACCUUUUCGACGCCGUGUCCUACAACCGCUGUCACUCAGACGCCACCUGACCUUGCCAAAGUGUUAAAACUGAAUUUGAACUUUUUUUCAUAAUACACGCAAGUCUAUGCUGGCCUGAGAUCUGUGACGGAAUAAACUAUGGCGUUGGACGGUUCUGAUCAGUCUUUGGCUUCAAAAGGGUUAUUGGUAUAGUAAUAAAAUAAUUUAGUUAAUAUAAGACUAGUCUACGCUUGAUAUAAUGCAAUCUUUGUAAUUGUGACCUACCGAAAUUGAAUGAAUUGGUUGGAAAUCGAUUAAGUGUGCGUACUUCACGCCACAUCUCUGAUUAACGAUUUGGUUUGUAACAUAAGACGACUCGUGUAGGUGUGACGAAUCGUGUGCGACACGACAAAUUGAACUACCUACUGAAUGGCUGAUUUUGACACAAGUUUGAGAAAACCGUCAGGGUUUACUGAUUUAGUCUCUGAUUCCGUUGUUGAACUUGACAAA